UCAACUCUCUCGCUUACCCACUAAAAAAAAAUCUUCAGAUUUAUAUCUCACAAGCUCCGUAAGCACUUAGCCACAAAUCAUUGAUUCAAGAUUAAUUUGGAGUUUCAGGUUACUUUUCUUCCACACUUUUUUUACAUUCUUAGCCAGUGAUCUUACAAGAAGGCAAUUCAUAGAGAAGAAGUGUCCUUUUCCAAUACCCAGUUGGUGUUGUUGGAGCGCGCUUAAGCUCCUUUCAUGUUUGCAGCCUUUGAUUCUACACUACUUGUCAGCCUCUCCAUUUCCCUUUUGUGGCUUCCCUUUCGGACAUUCAUAGUCUUCAAGCUAUAGUUGUGCUAUUUUUGUAAAUGGAGAAUACCAUUGAUUGGGAGCAAACGGGUCUGAUCAGUGAGCUGAAUCAAGGGAAGGAGCUCGCACAGCAGCUUAUGAACCAUCUUCACCCUUCUUCAUCGCAUGAAACACGUGAAUUCUUGGUUGAGAGGAUACUUUCUUGUUAUGAGAAAGCACUUUCAAAGCUAAAUUGGGGUGCUUGCGUGGGAGAGCGAACGCCCAAGCCCAUCAUCAGCAUACUGGAAUCGCCGUGUUCUUUUGCCAAUAGUAGCCCAAGGAGUCCGGUUUCUGACCAGGAUUCCAAGCACAAAGAUGUCUACAAGAAAAGGAAGACAUUGCCCCGAUGGACAGAGCAAGUAAAGGUUUGCUCUGGUACAGGGCUGGAAGGGCCGCUUGAUGAUGGUUAUAGCUGGAGAAAAUAUGGGCAGAAGGACAUCCUCGGAGCUAACUAUCCGAGGGGCUACUAUAGAUGCACUCAUCGAAAUGGGCAGGGCUGUUUAGCCACAAAGCUGGUUCAGAGAUCGGAUGAGGACCCAGCGAUCUUCGAGGUAACCUAUCGAGGACGGCACACCUGUAGCCAAGCCUCUCGUUUAAACGUGGCAUCGACGUCAAUGAUAAGUCCAAGGUUAACGGAGAACAAGAAUCAUCACCACGCACAACAACUGAAAAGGCACGAAGAAAAACCACCUCAGGAAAUGGUAUGCAAUUUUGCAGCCCGGCUUACAGUUAAGACUGAGGGCUUGGACGCCAGGGAGGAGGAUGACAUAUUUCCAUCAUUUUCCUUCCCUUCUACACCAAUUGGAUCGGAAAAUCAUGAGGACGCCAAUAUUUUCUGUGAGUCCAUGUUGGAGAACAAUUUCAUGGGUAGCCUUUCUCCAACAUUUUUAUCACCGACAACAUCUGAAUCCAACAUGUUUCCGAUGUCACCAUGCUGUCUGAACAGCUACGGACUAGGCCACAAUGUGCAAACCUCCGAAUCUGAUCUCACUGACAUAAUUUCUGCCCCGACCUCAGUCACCAAUUCACCUAUUCUGAAUUUGGAUUUCUCACUUGAUAAGGUUGAUCUUGACCCAAAUUUCCCAUUUGACAACCCAGAUUUCUUCUCCUGAUCAUGUUUACCUGAAUCCAUCCCACACGCACCCACAAAAAAGAAAAAAGAAAAAAAAAAUUCUGUCCUCACAUUUGGCGGAUUCAUUAGCCAAUGCUCUUGUCUAUCCGAGCCAGCAUUGAAAGAGAGAUGCAGAGUGUUCAUCGAAACCAGUGAUGGACAUUGUAAGUACUAAGUAGCAUGUGAAAACCUCUGUGGUGCGAGCCAAGAGCAAGUGUAAUGUAGAAGUCUAGGAAAUAAUGAGUAGCUGUAGCUUCUCUAGUCAAUUUUCCUCCUUUUUACUUCUUUUUGUAAUUGAGUUUUUUCUUCUUUUUGGUUCAAGCAGUACUUGGAGUGUCUAUUUUCAGUUUUCAGAAAGAAGAUUGUGUUCUUGCCUCAAGUAAAAUGUUAUAAAUUUUAAAUCUCAA